AUGAAUACAAGUAUUGAUUCGUCAUUAUCAUCAUCAUCAUCAUCAACAACUACAACUACUUCGUCUAGUACCACACCAGCAUCAUCAUUUGUUAAUUUAUUUUUAAAUGAAAUCAAUAAUCAAGAUAGUCAUGGUUUACUUAAUGUUCAACAUUCAUUACUUGAACAAUUAGAUAAAACAAAUGAAAAAUUAGAUGGAAUUAAUAAGCUUUCAGCAAAACGUUAUUUAGAUGCAACACGAGAUUUUUCAAGUCAUACACAAAUGUUAACAACAAUGAAAAGUGAUCUUGAUUUAAUAUUUAAAAGAAUAAAAUUAUUAAAAAUACGAUUAAAUAAAAAAUAUCCUGCAGCUUAUACAUCAGUUAUUCGUAUGACUGCAACACAAAAUGAUGGUCUUGAUGACGAAGAAGAUGAUGACAUAAAUGAUUUAACAACAUCGACGAAAAAACCUUUUGCUAAUCCAUCGCUUGUCAAAUCGAAAACAAUUGAUUGCUCACAAUUUUCAGCAUCAAUGCAUGAAAGUUACAGUUUGGCUGAGCUUGCAACUAAUAAUAAUAAUAAUAAUAAUAAUAAUAAUAAUAAUAAUAAUAAUAGUGAACAAACAGCAAAUUCAUUUGGUGCUGUACGUCGUUUUGUGCUUGAUAAAUCAUCAGGUGGACAAAAUUUUUCAACAUUACUUAAAAAUGCUCGUGAUGAAUUUAAAAAAAUGAAUGAUGGUUUUCUUGGUGGGCAAAAUCAAAAACCAUCAAGAGAUGAUGAACAAUGA